AUGACAGAAAAAUCAAUCAAAGCACAGCUGUCGUCGAUCUUGCCCGACCGGAUCGAGAUACUCGUUUCAGGAGACCCUGAGUAUGGCAGUGCCAUCGCGACCUGGAAUCUCCGAGCCCAGCACAAGCCACGAGCGGUGAUCCGACCUUCUACUGCACAAGACGUCAGUAUUGUUACUCGCGCAGUUCAAUGCGCGAGAGUGGACAGGGUGACUAUUCGUGCAGGAGGGCAUUCGUUCGAGGGCUUGGGUCUGGGAGGACAAGAUGGGGCAGUGGUGAUAGAUAUGAUUAAGAUGCGGAGAAUUCACUCCAAUGCAGACGCACAAGAAGUGACGGUUGAAGGGGGUGCCUUGCUAGGAGAAGUGCAGACACAUAUCUCACAGCAUGGCAAUCAAAUGCUGCCAAUGGGUACAUGUCCCAUUGUUGGGAUCGCGGGGCAAAUUCAGUGUGGCGGGUACGGCUUCUUCUCUCGCACAUACGGAGUGCUCGUUGACCGGGUCCUGGAAAUGCAGGUCGUGACUGCAGACGGGGAGAUACGAACGGUUAGCGACAAGCAGCACAGCGAUCUGUUCUAUGCGCUACGCGGCUCGGGCGGCGGUUCCUUCGGCGUGAUCACCUCUCUCACACUCAAAACCAACGACAUUCCCCGGGCCAUUGCGAAUUUCUCGAUCAAAUGGAAGAUAGCCGACUGUAACGUCGCGGCCGUUCUCAAAGCCGCCCAUGGCGCAUGUCUCUCCUCCCCUAAAGGUCUGAACGCAAUGCUGGUGGCUUGGUUUGGGACUAUUGAGUUGUACGGGACUCUGCUGGAAGAUUCCAAAGCUCAAUGCGAGACUAUAUGGAGCGAUGUGCUCUCGAGUCUUCCUGCUCCAAGCAGCACCCGAAUGGAGUUCUUUGACUUGUUGGGAUCGGUGGUGGAUGUAGCCAAGAACCAGACAUCAGCCCCUUGGUAUAGCAGUCUGUCAGAUCUUCAGCGAGAAGGGAAUGAGCAUCUACGUUACGUGAAGAUCAAAUCAGGGUACAUCCCUGACCCUCUCCGCGACAGCUUUCUCGACCAGCUAGCGGUGAUUGUGGAGGUUCAGCCUACCAAAGAUGUCCGCGUGCAUCUCUUGACCUUGAAUCCCAACCUGAUUCCAGCCACAGACACCACAUCGGUAAGAUGCCGCGGCUGCACAUGGUUCGUGGACAUGUUGGUGUUUACACAGGUCGGGCAAUAUGGGGAGGCCGGGGCACGAGCGGAGGCAGACAAGCUGCAGCGUGGCUGGCUUGGAAGGAUCGAUCGGCUGUUUUCCACCGUCCGGACCGGUACGUACCUGGGCGAUGACGACUUCGAUCAGGGGAGGAAUAGGAACGAGAUGAUGGCCAGCUUCUAUGGUCCGCAUUUACCGCGUUUGAUGGGUGUAAAACGGCGGUACGAUCCGGGCAAUUUGUUCAAUCAUCCGCUAAGUGUUCCUCUGCCGCAGAAAACCCGCCGUCAACUACUGUAG